GGUUUACUGACAUUCGAUAUUCCAGCACAGUUUCCGAUGUGCCCCAAAUAAAAAUGCUUGGGGAACAACGCAUUGCUGCAAUGUAAAUAGGAAGCUCGGUUGAACUUAGGCCCCUCCCGGGACAAACCAGUUAGCUUAUUAGCGAUGUAGUUUCUGUUAGCUACCUCAGGUCGAUGUUAUUUUAUGGUGGAUUUAAACAUCAUUUGACUGUGGUGGGGAAGCUAUACCGGUGGUCAAGGACGACAGCAGCUCUUUGGAACAAGUUGCGUCAAGCUCCCAUGGGGAACAGCUUCAGUAAUGCCUUGGGAAUCCCCCCAGGAAAAGGUCCCAACCAGGUGGGGUGUACGGACCUCAUGGUGGGCCAUACAGUGGAGGGCUCUUUCUUCCGGCUUUACUACCCAUGCGUAGAGUCUCCAGGUAGUGAAAUGCCGUGUUGGGUACCAAACAAAGAGUACUUCGACGGCCUUGCGGAUUUCAUGAAAAUGAACAGAAGCCUCGCUGAAUGGAUCUUUAAUUAUAUGUUUGGAUCCUUUAAAAUACCUGCUGCUAUGGAUGCGCCAUUUAAGCCUAAUGGAAAGUAUCCAUUAAUAGUCUUCUCUCAUGGAUUGGGAGCUUUCAGAACUUUAUAUUCAGCGAUAUGCGCAGAAAUGGCUUCCCAGGGUUUUGUUGUUGCAGCGGUGGAACACAGGGAUGAAUCCGCAUCGGCAACAUUUUAUUUUCAAGAGAAGGCUGUUUCGGAGGAACAAAAUCAGCAGGCAACCAAAAACACUCAUGCUGCCCAGAGUAAUCUUGAAGAGAAAUGGAUGUACUACAGAUCUCUGAAAACGGGGGAAAGGGAAUUCCCUCUCCGAAAUAAACAGGUGAAGCAGAGAGCAGAUGAGUGUAUAAAAGCACUGGAUAUUCUCACGGGGAUCAACUCGGGAAACUCAGUCACGAAUGUGCUACAGUCACGGUUUGACUGGACUACAUUAGAGAAUUCUCUGGACAUGUGUCGAAUAGCAAUAAUGGGGCAUUCCUUUGGAGGGGCAACAGUCAUCGAAUCCCUUUGCAAGGAACUCAGAUUCAAAUGUGGGAUUGCUUUGGAUUCCUGGAUGUUUCCAUUGGAUGAGGAGAUCUUCCCCAGAGUGAAGCAGCCAAUCCUGUUCAUCAACUCAGAAAAAUUCCAGUGGGCGGGUAACAUCAUCCGCAUGAGGAAACUGGACUCUUCAACUAUACCGAGGAAAAUGAUCACUAUCAGGGGAACAGUUCACCAGAGCUUCCCAGACUUCACCUUUCUCACCCGCCACUGGAUCGGAAAGGCAUUAAACCUGCAGGGUGAGAUCGAUCCCCAAGUAGCGCUGGAUCUUUCCAACAGAGCAUCUUUAGCAUUCUUUCAGAGGCACUUGUCUCUUGAAAAGGAUUUCAGUCAAUGGGACCACCUGCUUGAUGGGCAAGAUGACAAUCUCAUAAAAGGAACAAACAUAACUGUGCCUCAGUCUUCAAUGUGAGAAAAGAAAGCCACAAGUCCAAAACAAAAACAGACUGCAGAACAGAAAUUUCCUUCACCAUAUGCCCCUUUGUUAUACUGAGCUUAUCACAGACGCUUUGUUGUGUCCUAAUUUGUACUGGGAUGAGCAGAAGUUUGGACCACUUCAAACCAAAUGGGGAAUUAAAAUAAAAACAAAAAUGCUUUGAUACAUAGUUUUAAAGUAUGUGCAGAUUUAGGAUACAAUUUUAGCUUUUAUACAAAAGUCUAGCCUACUUGUAGCCUAUUUAUCAUUGUAUCUUUCCGUCUAUCUUUAGUUUCAGGGAGAAGUCAUGCUGUUGUACAAUGUUUGUAUGAAGGGUCAUGGCUGGGGUACAAAGCAUCGGUUUGAAAUGUUCAUUGCACUGCAAAGCCAGAGAAUGACAACUCUACUUGUUUCAACUUUUUGCAACCUCUUACACCUAUACAAUAAUAAAAUUUCCAAUUUGAAAUCUGAAAUUUGAAGUAAAAAAUUCAAGAUUAAGAUGAGCCUAAUUCUCUUGAUUUAAAUAAUUUAACUGACCUUAUCAAAGAAGCAACACAAACCAAAUCUAUUUUUGGAAACAGAAUUUAAAAGGAUUCAGAAUUUCCUUCUUUAAAAAAAUUUAAAGCCAAGCAAUAAUCCAAAUUAAGUGCCUUAAAGUGCCAUGUAUAUUGUAGAUUUUACAAAAAUGCUGUUAAGUUUUUGUUUUAAUUUUUUUUAACGAUAGUAAUACUGGAAGAAAACACUACAUUAUAUUUCAAUGCGUGCGCUGACAUUUAUAAAUUAUAUUCAGUCCAACUGACAGUUGGGGGGAGAGUUUAAGGUACAACUUUCCAGUACAGUCCAUUUAAUUCUGCAAUAUGAAAAUGGUUCAACAUGGUUCCAGCAGUCGAUGAAAAAAAAAAAAAAAAAAAAUUACAAAUGCAGACCCAAAAUCAAAGCAUUUUAAAUAAUAUGAUGUGCCAUUUCUACAGCUCAUCAUGGAAGUACUGCAACAUGACCAUAACCCUUGUGAAAUGUUAAUUCUGUUAUUUUGUAUUUUCAAGGUGAAUAAAAGAUUGCUCAAUCAA